GAUCUAUUCGUUGCUACACGCGUAUAGUCAGGCUAUAGGUAGGUUUACAAUAUGGUGGCCUUGCUUGGCUUCUCGUCCCGGCAGUCUACUCGAGUUUCGCUGCCUAGGUCCUCGCCGCCGAAAUCUCGUAACACCCCUCGACGCGUUACCAACAGCAGUUUAUUGUUCACGUGUGCAGCCCAAGAAUGGACCCGAGCAAUCUGGGAAUUUCGCAAUUGCAGGUAGCAUAUUCUACUGGUCCAAUCAAGCCGGCCGAUGUCGUCCGCCAGGUCUAUCAGUCGAUCGCGGAAUAUCCUGACAAAGCUGUGUGGAUUCAUCUGCUGCCAGAAUCCGAAUGUCUUGCCCGAGCCCAAGCCUUAACGGACCACCAUGAUCCGGACUCGCUGCCCCCUCUGUUUGGCGUACCUUUCUCGGUCAAAGACUCCAUCGACGUAGCCGGUUUACCUACCACUCUGGCCUGCCCAUCUUUUGCCUACAUCGCCGAAAGAACUGCACCUGUUGUGUUGAAGCUUCUACAAGCUGGAGCAAUUCUGAUAGGCAAGACCAACCUUGAUCAGUUUGCCACGGGUCUCGCUGGCGUUAGGUCACCGUACGGCGUACCGCGUUGCGCGCUUGACAUCGACUAUAUAUCUGGCGGAAGUUCAUCAGGCUCCGCGAUUAGUGUUGCAGCCUCUCUAGUCUCCUUCACGGUAUGCACAGAUACUGGAGGAAGUACGAGAGUGCCUGCUGCUCUGAAUGGACUGGUUGGCUUGAAACCCACGUUGGGCGCGGUCAGCACCACCGGAUUAUUUCCCGCUUGCAAGAACAUAGACUGCGUCUGUGUCAUGGCACGGACGGUUGACGAUGCGAAAACUUUGUAUGAUAUUGUGCAAGGUUAUGACUCAAGCGACGCCUUCUCUCGGAGAGAGCUUCCUACUUGGGCUCCCUGGAGUGACUCAGUACGAUUUGCGAUACCUGAUGGUGAGGACUUGCAAAGCCUUUCGCCAACAUAUGCUGGUUUAUUUGAUGAUGCUGUAGCAAAUGUCCAGCAACGGCCUGAUUUUGUAAAGACCAACUUUGAUUAUAGCAUUUUUAGAAAGGCAAACCAGAUGCUCUACGACUCGUCAAUUGUCGCACAGCGCCUCUUGGCCUUCCAACCUUACAUUCGCACUGAGGGACUUGAGAAACUCCACCCAGCGAUCAAAGCAACUUUCGAAUCUGCAGCAGCGAAUGCAUUCGAUGCAACACGAGCCUACGAAGACAUUUUCACUCUGGCCCACUACAAACGACUAGCCGAAGAGGAGUUCAAGAAGAUCGAUAUCAUCAUUGUUCCUAGUACCGUAUGCCACUGGACAAUGGCAGAGUUGGAAGAAGAGCCUAUGGAAAGGAAUAAAGUCAUGGGUCAAUUCACGAAUUUUGUGAAUCUGUUGGACCUUUGUGCCAUCAGUAUUCCUGCCGGGACUUGGAAGAGCUGCAAUGGCAAACUUAUGUCCUUUGGCGUUACUGUUAUUGGACAAGCUGGCAAAGACAAUGAAAUUAUGGAGGUCGGCAGGAAGCUGAUGUACUGAGAUCAACUGUCGUCAAAGCUAAGUAUCUGAACGAAGGAAUAGACAAUACCGAUUGCUCGUUGAUCACGAAUAUAUGUUUUGACAGGCUUGUGCUCAAAAGAG